AUGCAAGCUGCCAUUUGUCUUCUGGCCUUCUGUGCUGCCGUAGCUGCUGAAACUUAUUCUGCUGAUAAGAGAGACUUCAGCCGUGACAUAAUGAGCUUUGGUAAACGGUCGUCUGAUAGCUUCGACCGUAAUAUCAUGUCAUUUGGAAAGAGAUCUGAGUUUGAACGCAACUUGAUGCCUUUUGGAAAGCGAUCCGCUGGUUUCGACCGUGACAUCAUGAGCUUCGGAAAAAGAUCUUUCGAUCGUGACAUCAUGGCCUUUGGAAAGCGUAGUUUAGCCGCUCCUGGUCUCGUUACUGAUUCUACUCUCUACAAUACACCAAUGGGCAAGAGAGAAGAUUUCGAACGGAAUAUUAUGUUUUUCGGACGACGAAAGUAA